AUGGUGCGAAAACGACGUGCACCUUCGUCUGAACAAGAACAGGAAGGCAAAGGGUCACAAAAGAGGAAAUUUGUUGCUUAUCUCGAUCAGAUUUUAGCAGAGAACCAGCGACUCAGGGAGCAAUCAGUUACUUCGGCGCAAGUCGCCGAGGCCAAUGACCCCACGCGUUCAGAAAGAGGCCCAUCACGACUAGCAGAUGGACCAGAUGGAACAGGAAUCCAGAAUCCGAUUAUUGGAGAUCGUGCCUGGUUCCACCGAUACGAUCCCUCCUCGCCGCCCAUCUAUAUUGGGGAGGCGGCAUGUUCGGCAUUCGCAACUCGGUUCAGAAGGUUCUUAAUGGGAAAUAGUGCUAUGCCGCAUAUUCCCAGAACACAGUACGAGUCUGAAGAGAUCAUCGCUGCAUCCAAUGAAGUUGAUAUUCAAUGGCCGAGUCUUCAUCAUGCGCGGUUGCUGGUUCGGAUCGCAAUCCAUCAGAUUGGACACUUAUAUCACCUCAUGAUGCGCAAAUCGACUCUGGAUAAGCUGGAGGAGAUAUACCAGAAGAAAGAAUUUGAUUGCACUGCUAAUAAGUGCAAGUUCUUUGCCCUUUUCGCUUUUGGGCAGGCGUAUUCUAUUCGGUCAGAGCCACACUCCGGGUCCAGAGUACCCGGUACAUCGUACUUUGCUCGAUCGAUGGGGUUGGUUCAGAUAUUGCCCGAGAGAACAAGCAUUACACACCUGGAAACAUUGCUUUUGCUGGGUCUCUUCUCAUAUUAUCUCAACCGGCGACACUCUGCAUAUAUCCUUAUUGGGAAUGCUAUGCGAAUGGGCCUGACCAUUGGACUCAACCACAAUAUCCCAGAAUCCCAGCUGAUAGACCCGGUCGAACGCCAACACCGCAUCGGCAUCUGGUGGACGAUUUAUAUGUUCGACCGAAUGUGGGGGUCCAAAAUGGGCCUCCCAAUGCAAAUCCUAGACGAAGACAUUCACGUCGACAUGCCAUCAACAAUCUCGCCUCGCUGGCGGCACGAAGAAGAACUCUCCGACACCGAUUACAUGACAGCGAACAUCAAGCUAGCCCGGAUAGUCGGCGAAACAAUAACAAAGCUCUACAGCCGACGCAAAUACCAAGAAACAUUCCUACAGCGCGUGCAAAAGCUCCUCAAAGCACUCAAGAACUGGGUCGAGACCCUGCCGGAAUCUCUCAAACUCAACAUGGAAGACCUGGAAUCAAGCAAGAAAAACAUCGUCUCACUGCAUAUGGCGUUCAACCAAUGCAUCAUCUUAACGACACGCCCAACCCUCCUACACCUUUUAAUGAAUCUCAGACCAAACAAACCUGUGCCGAAGAGCAACGUGUCAUGCAGACCUAGAACACAUACCAACCCUCAUCCCCAAUGCAGCCAGACAAACAAGGACAUUGAGCCCGAGACCGAGACCGAGACCGAUGCGGACAUCCAUCAACAUCCCCACUCUCCUGCAGCUGAGGCAACUCCCUCUGCAUCUGCCCCAUCACCGAUAUCAGUAUCCCAACCGGUUCUAACCCUGAGUGAAGCCUGUAUUCACGCCGCCCGCCAUUCCCACUCCAUGAUCCUAACCCGCUGGAUCAAUGGCACCAUGCCGACAUUCGGCUAUUUUCACGCCCACUAUCUCUUCUCCUCGGCGCUAAUCCUGGCAAUGUCCAGCUUUGUCCCGAUCGGGACGCCUGCAGAUAUGACCUGUUUCGACUCUGCACUAGACCUGCUCAGGUCCAUGACCGAGAAUGGGAAUUUAGCGGCGGCUGAGUUUUACCAUAACCUCGAGCAGGUCAAGUGCUGGAGGCCUUGCACCGGGAUUAGCUGGGCCAACGUCAGCGUCAGCAUCAGCAUCGAGAACUGGGACAAUACCAUCGGUGAUACGAUCGGGCUCAGCCACUUCGUCUGA